GCCAGCGAACGUUUUGCAAGAUGCGAGAUUCGCCUCUCGCGACGAGGGAGCCCUCGUCGUGAGCGCCGGACGGACUCUGACCACUCCGGCGUAGUGUGUAGGCCGGGGCGCGCAUUACGUAAAGCACGGGGAAAAUAAAUUGCGGGGAAAGAAGGAAAACAAAGUGUAGGCGAAGUGGAGGCGAAGGGAGACGACCACCUUCUCUGUGUGUGCACACGUCACGAUGAAGAGAGCUUCGUUUGAUAAGUACGCCAACGGCAAGCGCAACGUUCUGAGCAACGCGUCGUACGGGCUCGCGUGCACCAAGGAUGUCGAGUACAAACGCGGCAGCGUGAACUACAGCUCCCUGCAGCAGGAGAGGACUUAUCUGCAGCGCAGCGUGUCCGCGGACAAUGUUGUAAUACGCUCGCGCGGUUUCAAGCCCUCCGACAGACACGACCCGAUCAAAAGGAACUUCCUCGAGAAUCUCACGUCAAGGAUACUACACUUCGAUAUGGAGAGCGGCGAGACUACCCCGAUCAACCUGCAGAAGCUGCUCACUCCGGCGUCGGACUCCCACGAGAUGCUGCAUUCGAAGAACAGAAAAAUGUUCGCGUCCUCGUACUUCUACGCGCCGACGCAUCCUACGGUCGAGGACCAGGUCGAACUAGCACGUAGGAUCUCGCAUUCGCUGAGCGACGUGAAGAACGUGAAGAGCAAAGGGCAGAGUAUGUACGUGAACAGGAAGAAACGAUCCGUCAAAUGGAUCCACGACGGCAACGGCGUCGAAGACGAAGAAGAAUCAACCAUGCCGGCUCACAAGGAUAAACUGCCUCUCAAGUGCGUGAUGAAUCCGUGCGGGAAGGUGCUAGAUAUCCACGGUAUUCAGGCGUUAGGCGAGGAGGUGAACAUCGCGCCGGUGCCGAAGAAUCCCGAGAAGCUUUUCGACAUCGUUCGCGACUUGAACAAUCAGAGAGGACGCGGUGCCGAGAUUUUUGCGAAGCGCAGGAAAAGGUCGGAAAAGUGGGUGGUGGAUCAAGAACAGCAGCAGACGCCGAGCACACCCGCCACUCCCGCCACGCCGAAAACGCCAGCGUAUCCGGAGAAACUGGAAAUCAACGGUAACGCCAAGUUCAUGACGCCGACGUCGUUGACGCCUCGCACGCCAGCUCCGGCUAUCGACAAGCCGUUCUACAAUCCUUUCACCGUGGACAUCUCCCUCGACAACGCGAAUGUACCUAUAACAACAGACAGGCACCGGUCGCACUGCAACGCCAACCGAUGCGGUCAUUCGGGCGAAGUAAAAAAGAUCUACCUGCGGGAGAUCGCGGUCGGCACGGACUCCGACUUCCCUCUGGAACGAUCGCCCCUCGCCGACAAGUCCCGACGUAUCGCUUUCGAGUCUACUAACGAGUAUCGCGGCGGUAUCGCCAGUAAUCGUGCUUUCGCUGUUAACAAUAGCAGAUACACUAACAACAACAACAACAACAGCAACUAUCAGUCGCCACGGAAAGCGGCGGAUUUUUACGACGUGCGCAACAACAACGAGAGAGACGCGAGGGCGCAGCGACAACGCUUCGACGGCAAGCGCAACGACAACACGAUCGAGCAUGAGAUCGGCAAGAAGCAACGGAACGGCGGCCAGCCGGGGAACGACCACGAGGAGAACGGAUACACACCCAUGCCGGUGAAGCAACUGAUACAGGAAUUCGAGAAGACCUGCAGACCGGUUCUGCAGUACAAGCAGAUCAGUCCGAGGAUCGUUCCGAUCGUGCAGCAGUGCCCGAUGGACAACGACAUAGCGCGCUUCUUCGAGACGAGGAACCCCACCAAGUGCGGCAACGAGGAGGAGGAGGAGUACGCACGCGCGCGCGAAAGCUACCGAGGUCCACCCGCGAAAGCGCAGCCCCAACGCGACGACCGGUUGUACGGCCCGCGCGAGAGCUACGAGAGAUCCGCGAGAGCUACGAGAGAGCCGACGCGGCCUCAGUGUAACGGCCGACCGUACGACGUGCGCGACAGCUACGGGUCGGCGAAGCCGCAGAGCCGGUGCAACGGCUACGUCUCCACGGACGAGAGCGAAUACACGACGGACGAGAGCGAAGACUCCGAGGCGGACGACUACCCGGGCUCGCUCGAACGCGGCGAUUCCGCGCCGUCCGCGCUGCUCAAUUACUGCGACAGCGAGUACUCGGUCGCGUACGACGACGAAAACGCCGGCCGACGGCGCUCGACCACCUCGCAGGAGCUCGAGGCCCUCUGCGCGAACGGCGAGCCGAGAUUCGUCAACACCGAGGCCGAGACGCCGGUCGAGGCGAAGUCGCUGAUGCUCUCGAUACUCGCCUCGCAGGAGGACAUACUCGAGACCAAGAGGCACCUGCGCAACACCCCGGUGUUGGACAAUCUCGUGGGCACCGUCACGCCGGAAUGCAAGCUCACUGAUGUUAACCCGGAGUUAGGCAACAAGCUGUACGAGAACAACAAUUACAACGGGCCCAAACUGGCCAGUCUCCACAAUUUGACGAACUAUAAUACGGCGCCGCGCGGAUGGAAUCAAUCCUUCACAUUCUACCGACCUAUUAAGUUCGAGAAGCCGCAGGAAAUCGUAUACUCCGAUUUUUAGGCCUACGAUGUCGAAUUUUGUAAUUUCGAUUCUGUCGCGCGUCGUGGUAACAAAAGAUCGAUCGUACAUCCGACGACCCCUCCGAGGCGUCGACGAUGAGAACCAUUGAGACGUGUUUUUCGCACCGUUGUAUCCAUUUUCGCCACCACCCCGAUUUAAAUCAACCGUUCGCCGUUGAUCACCCGAUUAUCUCGCCACGGAUGGCGCAUACGACGUUGACGGAGUUAACAGCGCCACGUGUGCGUCAUGUUUGGAGUUUCGUGUUGCUUGGUGUACCUCUACGUCUUCUACCCCUCACCGAGAUAUUUAGCGUUGUUUAUGCUUUGACGGUGUUACAUUAUUGCAUUUUACUUUAUUAUGUUAUGCAAAUAAAUGUUGUUUUCCUAAUUCCA